GAGGGCUUGUUCUGGGGACUGCAACUAGAAAACCUGUGUUAGGUUGUAGCCACCAACAGGUCUAAGCUACACAAAAUGCGUGAAAUUGUGCAUCUUCAGAUUGGCCAGUGCGGGAACCAAAUUGGAGCUAAGUUCUGGGAGGUAAUAAGUGAUGAACAUGGAAUUGACAUCGCUGGAAACUACCGUGGGGACGCAUCACUGCAGCUUGAGCGAAUUAACGUGUACUUCAAUGAGGCUUACUCCCAUAAAUACGUGCCCCGUUCUAUCUUGGUGGACCUGGAACCUGGUACGAUGGACAGUGUACGGUCUAGCAAAAUAGGCCCACUCUUUCGACCUGACAAUUUUAUUCAUGGUAAUUCAGGUGCUGGAAACAACUGGGCUAAGGGCCAUUAUACAGAAGGCGCUGAACUGAUUGAAAAUGUCAUGGAUGUGGUCAGGAACGAGUGCGAGAGCUGUGACUGCCUUCAGGGAUUCCAGCUCAUCCAUUCGCUUGGUGGUGGUACAGGCUCAGGAAUGGGCACACUCCUCAUCAACAAAAUCAGAGAAGAAUAUCCCGACAGGAUUAUGAACACUUUCAGUGUUGUGCCUUCACCCAAAGUAUCUGACACGGUCGUAGAGCCGUAUAAUGCCAUCCUCUCCAUCCAUCAACUAAUAGAGAAUACAGAUGAAACCUUUUGCAUUGACAAUGAAGCUCUAUAUGAUAUAUGUUUUAGAACUCUAAAGCUCACCAAUCCCACCUACGGUGACCUCAACCACUUAGUGUCCCUAACGAUGAGCGGUGUCACAACCUCACUCCGUUUUCCUGGUCAACUGAAUGCAGAUCUGAGGAAGCUGGCUGUUAACAUGGUGCCCUUCCCUCGCCUGCAUUUCUUUAUGCCAGGCUUUGCUCCACUGACAGCUCGAGGUAGCCAACAGUACAGAGCCCUCUCAGUGCCAGAGCUUACUCAACAAAUGUUUGAUGCACGCAACAUGAUGGCAGCCUGCGACCCUCGUCGUGGACGUUACUUGACCGUGGCAUGCAUCUUCAGAGGCCGAAUGUCUACCAGAGAAGUGGAUGAGCAGUUGCUGGCUGUCCAGACCAAGAAUAGUUCCUAUUUCGUGGAGUGGAUCCCUAAUAACGUCAAAGUGGCUGUGUGUGACAUACCACCACGAGGCUUGAAGAUGGCGGCUACCUUUAUUGGCAAUAACACAGCCAUUCAGGAGCUCUUCAUCAGGGUUUCUGAACAGUUCUCAGCUAUGUUCAGAAGAAAAGCAUUUCUCCAUUGGUAUACUGGUGAAGGUAUGGAUGAGAUGGAGUUUUCUGAAGCAGAAGGUAACACCAAUGACCUUGUGUCCGAGUACCAACAGUACCAGGAUGCCACUGCAGAUGUUGAGGAAUACGAAGAGGUAGAAGUGGAAGCCAGCCCAGAAAAGGAAGCACUGUAAAAACAAUGGCAAUAUCAAAAUAUUCUUCAAAUAAGCCUGUUGACACUAAAGAAAAAGCAGUAGCCAUCAUCUGCAUACAAAAAAUAACACCUUUCUUAAGAAUUUUUUCUCUGCAUCUGGCCAAAAUAUAUCCAAUAUUACAAUACAAUGCUUUUGAAAUUAAUGGCAGCUAUGCUUUACUCUCCUAAACAACUGUUGACACUGAAUCUGUCCCAAAAAAAGAGCCACUAUAAAGACAAGUUGUCUCAUAA